UCACACUGUCAGUCAAGUUCGGUUGCAAUCGCGUCACAUCGUACGCUAGAGCUAAUGAGGUGCUCUUGCUGGGUGUUUAUCUAAUUUUGUACAGCAGGUAGUUGUAAAACAGUAAUCACACUGGUGGAUACACAGCAGAGUACGCGUUUUAACACAGAGGAGGAAUGAAUCAUAAGAGUAAGAAGAGGAUUAAAGAGGCCAAACGGAGUGCCAGGCCCGAGUUGAAGGACUCAGUGGACUGGACAAAGCACGGCUACUGUGAGACUUUCGACCUGUCACACCGGACAGUCAAGGACAACGUGGAGCGGGUGGAUGCCGUGCAGCUCUCUCCUGACGCGUUCAUCCAGCGCUUUGAGAGGCCUUACAAGCCUGUUGUACUGCUGAACUGCCAGGAAAGCUGGCCCGCCCGAGAAAAAUGGACUCUGGAGCGCCUCAAACGCAAAUACCGCAACCAGAAAUUCAAGUGUGGGGAGGACAACGACGGCUACUCGGUGAAGAUGAAGAUGAAGUACUACGUGGAGUACCUGGAGUCGACAAGGGACGACAGCCCGCUCUACAUCUUCGACAGCAGCUACGGUGAGCACGCCAAGCGCCGCAAGCUGCUGGAGGACUACCAGGUGCCCGUCUUCUUCAUGGACGACCUGUUCCAGUUUGCUGGGGAGAAGCGAAGGCCGCCCUACAGAUGGUUCGUAAUGGGCCCGGCCCGCUCCGGCACCGGCAUCCACAUCGACCCGCUGGGCACCAGCGCCUGGAACGCCUUGGUCCAGGGACACAAGCGCUGGUGCCUCUUCCCCACCCAUACGCCCCGCGAACUCAUCAAGGUGACCCGGGAGGACGGCGGCAACCAGCAGGACGAGGCGAUCACCUGGUUCAACGUGGUGUACCCCCGCACCCAGCAGCCAAACUGGCCCCCCGAGUUCAAGCCCCUGGAGAUCCUGCAGAAACCCGGAGAGACCGUCUUCGUCCCGGGCGGCUGGUGGCACGUGGUGCUCAACAUGGACACGACAAUCGCCGUCACCCAGAACUUCGCCAGCACAACGAACUUCCCCAUCGUGUGGCACAAGACCGUCCGAGGCCGUCCCAAACUUUCCAGGAAGUGGUAUCGUAUUCUGAAGCAGGAGCGGCCCGACCUGGCGGCGCUGGCAGACAAAGUGGACCUGCAGGAGUCGACUGGCAUCGCCUCUGACAGCUCCAGCGACUCUUCCUCCUCCUCCUCCUCCAGCUCGUCUGACUCUGACUCUGAUGCUGAGUCGGGCUCCGAGGGGGACGCCAUGUCCCACCGCAGGAAAAAGCGGAGAACCUGCAGCAUGGCAGCCAAUGGAGACAGCACCAGCCAGGACGACUGCAUCAACAAGGAGCGCAGCUCCUCCCGGUGACCUCCAGCACCCAUCCGCUCCACCCAGCCGCAGCCGCGACUCAUGCACAGAGCAACAUCGCUUACCAGUUUUAGGUUUUUCUUUGUUUGUCAUAUUUGUUGUUUGUUUUUUGUGGGGAUACGGAAGGAGUGCAUCUGGCAGAACUGUACGCCCAGUCUGAGAUAAGAUGGCUGCUGCUGAGAGCCGUGGUCGAGAUAAAAGAAGGAGGAUCCUCCAGGGUGUGGGCCUGCCGGAGACCAGCCACCACUGUGCUUUUUAACAUGAAUAUCCAGUCUGUCGCUGUAGCUUCUACAGGAAGGGGGUGUGUGAAGUGAUGGGAUGAUCAUGUUUUGGGAGGAAGGUGAUCCCUCAUGGAGGGAUUAAUUGUCUUAAAAAUUCUCAGAGCUGCUUUCUCUAAAAUGAGCUGAUAUAGGGCAUGCGUUUUAGAGGUUUGUCUUUUACUAAAAAAAGAUACACUGAACCAUCGCCAGUGGUUUAAAUACAUUGCUAGGGCUGUAGUCUUAACGUUCAUACUGUCCCACAGGGUAAAGGGUCAUUUCACAGCGCAAACAGCAGCUCGAUACCAUACCAUGAAUUUGUUCAGUGCGAUCUGGCGGCACUUAUCAGUACUACCAGCCAAGUCUCUGUUCAGUUACACUACACGACAGAAGAGGUUCAUGCCUGUUUUCACAGAAAUCAUUGUAAAAGCAAAACACAAAGCCUCUUCCUGAGUUAGGAUCCAGCGGUCCAGCCAAAGCUGUAAAUGCCCUCAGACUGACCCGUCAUCAAGCACUCAAAAUGGGAAAAAAAACCUGCCACGAAAUGGUAUUAUUGCACAUAGAGAUAAUCUGCCUAAAAAGCCACUUUGAUGUUUUGUACUUUUAAAGAGAUUUUCUCGUCCUCUGUACUAGAGGUAAUACAGAUUCAUGCUGGAAUUUAAAUUUGGUCGGUUAGCCUUACCUAAAUUAGACGGUUCACAGCUAUCCUCAAAUGGACAAAAAUUUCACAUUUCCUCAUAUUUAUUGUGUCAGAGUACCUGCUCACAGCGGGUGUUGGUUAUUUAUUCUGGCUGCCUCCAGCUUCGUUUCCAGGUUCAGCUGGAGGCUCAGAGGCUCGGCCUUCGGGAGGGAGAGUGGAAUAGCAGCAGCUUACAGUGUGUAGAGUUAGCUGUUCUCAGGUGCCAGGUGUUUAUGUGUUUAAAUCCAGAAUCUGCAGCUGGUUCUCUGCCUGGCUCGUCAAACACAGGAACUAGAUAGUGCCAUUCAGUCACUAGCACUCUGAUGUGAAAUAGUGUGCCAUAUGAUGCAAAUUUGAAAAAAAAAAAUGUCAAGAGGUAGACUGGUUGAGGUCGGUUUAACUCCCAAUCCGUUAGAUCACACUGUCCAUUAUCUGUCUUAAACAGUAGAGGGCACUACACUCCCCAGAAUGCACUGCAGCACCUCAGCUGGUGGUGUCUAGUGGAUGAAAGAUAAGCUUUAGUGUUCAUUUACAGGAAGAGGUUCGGGGGAAGAGUGCUGGCAAAGUGAACUAGCAUUUAUUCAGGUUCUGCAUCUCGUCAUCUAACAUCUCUAAACAAAAAUGUGUGUAUGUGUGUGUGUUAGAAAUCAAAGUAGACGACACAAGAACAAGUUUUAUAUCUGAGGCUGUUGCAAGGCUCUUCUUCUUUUUCUUUUUCUUUUUUUUUUUUUUAAUUUUAAUUUCAGUCCUCUUUCAAAGUAAAGCGAACACUGCACCACUGUUCACUGUAAGUACAAGCAGCUGAUUAACGAUGUGAACCAGACCCAUCCUGUUUUUCCAACUUGUGUUUUGUGUGAUGUUGAACAUGGAGUCAAAUGGACACCGGCUUUGUGUUUUUUUUGUUUUUUGUUUUUUUUUUUUGGUUAAACGGUGUCCUCCAAAGUCAGUCAGAAGUACUUUAAAUAUUUGAAUUGCUGUAUCCACAUAAUGUGUCUUGAUCUGUUGCUUAGAUAAAAGUGCCUACAAAGUACCAUUUUGAUCAUCCCGUUCAUGCAGGGGAGGUUCGGUUGUCUUGUCACUGCAUCUUGUGUGUUUUUUAAUCUGUUCUCACCUGAUUUAAAGGCAUUUAGCACUAUCGCGGUCCCUGGGGUCGGUCACACAGUGCCUUCGAUCCACCUUGGUAGAGGCUGCAUCGGGGCUUGUCUCCUCCUCUGGUCCGAGGGGUUUCCUGCCCUCACCUUGCCUCCUCGUCGUUUGACCCGGUCUGGGCCGGGCUUCCCGAAGAGUUCACGCCCCCCAGUCGCUCUUUGUGAAACAGCACAGACGCCCUCGACGGCCACAAGACAGAAAUCAUGAUUAAACCACCCCCCGCUCGGGUGCCGGUCAGAUGUUUUGUGGUUGUAGGGGCGACGAGAAGUGGAUAAAGAAAACCUGGAGGUGUUUGCUCUUUGGGAAGCCAGCCCUAAUCUGGAAGGAAUCCCUCCUUCCAUAAACACACAGCGGGACGGAUGUUUAUCCUGUCAGUGUGAAUGUGAGGGACGGAGCCUCUUCAGAUGUCGAGAGGGGACAUUCAGACAAACCUUGACGUUAUCCAGACUAAAGUGAAUAAUAAAUAAAUCGUUUUGUCAGUUUGAAUCAAUAAAAUCUUUUCUAUGAAUCAA